CACAACCAAGAUGGCGCUGGCCAGCCUGCUGGGGCCGCGGCAGGCCGUGAACCGGGCCGGGUACUUCGGUUUGGGGGCCGGCUGCGAAUUCCGGCUGCCCGCGCUCAGCACUGGCGGCGGAGGAGAGAAGGGGGCGGAGGCCCCGGCCUCGGGGCUGCCCUUGGCCCUGGCCGCCCCCUGCCCCGGCACCGCCGCGGCGGAGGCCAAGAUCGAGCUCUUGCACGGGACCACCACGCUGGCCUUCAAGUUCCAGCAUGGUGUGAUUGUGGCGGUAGACUCACGGGCCACAGCCGGAGUCUACAUUGCAUCCCAGACUGUUAAGAAGGUCAUCGAGAUCAACCCUUACCUCCUGGGCACCAUGGCUGGCGGUGCGGCGGAUUGCAGCUUCUGGGAGCGGCUGCUCGCGCGGCAGUGCCGCAUCUAUGAACUCCGCAACAAGGAGCGCAUCUCAGUGGCUGCGGCCUCCAAGCUGCUGGCCAACAUGGUGUAUCAGUACAAGGGCAUGGGGCUGUCCAUGGGGACCAUGAUCUGCGGCUGGGACAAGCGAGGUCCAGGUCUGUACUACGUGGACAGCGAGGGGAACCGCAUCUCCGGCACGGUUUUCUCUGUGGGCUCUGGUUCCGUCUACGCCUACGGGGUGAUGGACCGAGGCUACUCCCAUGACCUCUCGGUCGAGGAAGCCUACGAUCUGGCCCGUCGCGCUAUUUACCAGGCCACGUACCGUGACGCCUACUCAGGGGGCACGGUCAACCUCUACCACGUCCGCCAGGAUGGCUGGAUCCGUGUUUCCAGUGACGAUGUGGCCAAGCUACAUGAAUUGUUCAUCGACACCACCCCGGAGACAGUGGCUUAA